AUGCCAGCCGCAGCAGCUCCUCCUCAUUUUACGACUCCUGACCUUGAAUUACUGUCGUACUGUGAAGACAGAGACUUUCGAGCUGAAGGGAAGCCUGAGCCUAACAGUCGCUCGCAGUCUCUGGUCUACUAUUCUCAAGACAAAAAAUGGUGGAUCAGAGUAACUUUUAAGGGCGCAAUUUCGUGUUCUACCUAUGAUGCUGAGCCAGAACAAAUCAAAUCAAAACGCGAACGACGAAUUGAAUUCCAAGGCUUUGUAAGGUUAAUUGAUUUUCGAUCGUUGGCUCUUCUGAAUAACACUUUGACUGAAGUGAUCUUGAACGGAGACCCGGAAACAACUGAGCCUGUGAAGCUAUAUCGCGAACCAGAGGGACCCAUCAAGAGUGGUUUAUCCGCUAUCCCUCCAAUUUCCGUUUUUCGGGCUAUCAAUGUCGCCGAAUUGAAGGAAGAGGAUGAAAUCACCGACGGAGUGUUCCGGGUUCUAUACAAGCGCGACAGAAAACUAUAUAUUCUCAAGUUAGUUAAUCGGCCCCUUUACCAACCACGCGAUUCGGAUGUUAUACAAAAAGAACUUGAAAAUCUCGAGCAAUUUCAAGGUGUAGCAGGGAUCGUUCAGCCAGCUGGUAUUGCGGUGUUCGCCAACCCAUACGCGAACUCCCAAAAUUGUGUUCAACAAAUGGUUGUUUAUGGUAUUCUGUUGGAGUACUAUAGCGGUGGCUCCUUACAACGUGUUAUAAAUGAAAAGCGUAUUAGGGAAUUCGACUGGGAGCGAUGGGCUGUCCAAAUUGGGAAUGCUUUGGACAUUUUUCACCGCGCAAAAAAAAACCAUAUGGAUAUAAAGCCUUCAAAUAUUGUUCUCGACGAUGAUAGCAAUGCGGUCCUUAUUGAUAUAAGCGGCAUCGGUGGAGUAACGUACGAGUGGUGUGCUCCAGAGAUACGGGAUGAAAUAUCACCCUUUGAUCUUCCAUUCCAAACACGUCGAUUGAAUGAUAUUUCGGCCUAUGGGAAGCUUUUGACAGAGAUUGCGUCAAACGCUGGGAACAGCCCCUUUGCGGGAACUCUCAGGUUGGUUGGGGAUCAUCUUAGUGAAGAGAAUGUUCACAACAGGUGGACUCUAUCUGAGGGAAUCUCUAGGUUGAAAAUUUGUCAGUACAUUGAUUAA